UCCCCUGGGUGCCUACGAUCUUCAGUAGUCUUGACUGGUGCUGGCGAAAGCUUUGGGAUAGUUCUGAAAACGUAUCUUUGAUUCUUGAGACCCAGUAUCAGUGCCCGAGUGUCAGUGCAGCGUUUCCAUCACGGCCAGCCAAAUUGUGGGGAAUCUGAAAAUUUGAUUUGAAAAGAAACAUUUGAUGUAAAAAUUAAUCGAAUGUGAAUAAUAUUUGGGAGGGUGGAAAAGUUAACGUGUCGAACGACUGGGUUUGCGUACGAGAGUGUCGCGUGUCUCCACCUUUGAGGAGACCGGAGCAGAAUCAGCAUACUUCGAGCGUAGUUGAACCGUCAUAUUCAGAAAUGAUUUUGGACGUUAUGGACCGGAUGACCAAGAAAUUUAAUGGAUUUGUUGAGAUAACGUACACGCGCGUCACAACUUUGACAGUUUAUCUCGUAGUUUUAUCGUUACCAGCGAUAGAAGAUGUUCUCAGUCUAUCGAGUCCGAAUAGUCACAACAGCGGUCUGUACGUGGACAACGGACAAGAUCAAACGGUAAUUUAUCGGCUAACUACGCAGGAGGAGAAAAUCGCGUUGGAACAUGAGAUACUAAAACUUCUAGGGCUUCCGGACAAGCCGAACAACGUGAACGGCAAAACUCCGAUGAUCAAGAGAUCAGCACCGAAGUUUUUGCUCAGCAUAUACGAGAAAUCGUUCGAAGAUGAGAGAAAGAGCGAACGGAACGCAAAAAAGGAAGAGUACGAUUUUUAUUUCACAAAAAACGAUCUGAAAAUAAUCAAUCAGAGCGAUUCGAUCGUGACAUUUUCAGCACAACAGAAGCAUCGAACUGGCAAACCUGAGAGAGUCAAAAGAAUAUGGUUCAACGUGGAUGCUGCCCCGAAGGAUGAGCUUAUGACCUUGGCAGAGCUCAGGCUCUACCGAGGACCAGAUGCUAAGAAUCUUAAAAAUCGUGGUGCUUUUACGAUAACCGUUUACCGGGUAACUCGAUCGAGCGAGGGCGAACGUAGAAUGCAAUUUGUCGACACAACCAACACUACGGCUGGUCAAGAGGGAUGGAUAACUUUGAACGUGACCGAAUCCCUGGAUCAUUGGAUGAAUAAUCCCCAGGACAACAAGGGUCUUUACUUGUCGGUUUAUUCGAUCGAUCGUUCGUCUCAUGAGACGAGACCCGAAGAUAUUGGUAUUGUAGGGUUCAAGGGUGAUGCCGAGCGACAACCCUUCAUGACAGGCUUCUUCAAAAGCACCAGGCUCAACCAAUUGCGGAUUUACCAUCGAUCGAGCCUCGAUGAUAUCGAAAUCCUUUCCAUCCAUAAAAAAAAGAGAGACACUUACAACAUACGUAAUUUAUUGGCAGAUUACUACAAUCGCAUGGCUUCACACCAUUCGAACAAACCGUGCGGAAUAAAUACUCUUUACGUUAGCUUCAAAGAUCUUCAAUGGCAAGAUUGGAUAAUUGCCCCCGAUGGAUACGAUGCUUAUUAUUGUGCCGGUGAAUGCAAGUUUCCUUUAACUAGUCACAUGAACGCGACGAACCACGCCAUUGUCCAGACCCUCGUCCACCUCGCUCGACCCUCAACAAUACCCAAGCCUUGCUGCAUACCAACCAAAUUAUCAACAAUAUCUGUCCUCUAUUUUCAUGAUGACCAAAACGUUGUUCUUAAAAAAUAUAAAAACAUGGCCGUUCGUGCGUGCGGUUGUCAUUGAUAAAUUAAUGUACUUUUUCCUCGUUUUCUACCGUUCAAAAAGACACUAUUCGUGCCGAGAGGGGACGAGAGUGAAAGAAGCU